AUGCCCCAGAACUACCCCAGAAAGGCCCAUUACAUGCCAACCCAAAUGAUAAAUUUAUGUGAGGGUAUUACCACUGUCGGUAGUCAGUCAUGGAAGCUACGUCGGAGCACCAGCCACCAGAACGCCAUGUCUGACCACCAAAGACUGUUCAAGACACCGGAGAACACACCAAAGUCGACAUUGAGGAUGUCGACCUUUCCCGCCAGUGGUCAUGGAUUAAGUCGGCUUGCAGGUGUCGACUUUCUCCGCUGUACUCACACAGAGGAUGUCGACUUGCGGAGGUUGACUUCCUCUGCCUUAAUGGUCUGGAGAGUCGACUGGGACGGGUCGGUUUAG